AUGGCCUCAACUUCAUCUUCCUCAGCGCAAUCCAACCCACAGGUGCCUCCAUACCCUUCUCCUUCUCACUCCUCGUCAUCACAAUCCCCAGUGUCUUCACAGCCGUCGAAUGUCGCCUCUCCCUCCUCGCUGUGGCCACUAAGCCCACACUACUAUUACAAUGCCACGGUGGUCCACCCGGAUCUAUCGUCUGCGCUCUCAAAGAACCCACUCCUGAACCGGAUAGGUCUUGAGCCUCUGAAGCGGAUUGGACUGAUCACAGCAUCGGCCUCGUUCUGGGGCUUUAUCCUUGGAGGCGUGAUCGGAUCCCGUCAAUCGGGGAUGCAGUAUCUGGCGGAGAAUGCGCAUCGGCUACCGAAGAACAUGGAGGGCUGGUACUUUUAUCACAAGCGCAAGAAUUACAGGAUGAUGUGGGGUGCUCUCCGGAAGGGCGUUGUUUACUCUACAAAGACGGGCGCAUUGGUCGGGUUGUUUGAGGUCUUGGAGGCCAGCGCGGAUUUCUAUCGGGGGGGAGCAGAUAUGUUCAAUUCCAUGGCCGCAGGUGUUGCCUCGGGGGCUAUUUUUUCGAUCACAAAUAAACUGCCUAGGCAGAGCGCAAAGCAUACGUUGAUGCUCGGUGCGGGGUAUGGAUUGGUUAGCGGCGCGCUGCAGGAUCUGUCAUCGUUCUUGAAGGGGACGCCUGUGUGGUACCUACCUCGAUCGUUGAAGGAACGGUCUUUGACACUCAAGAUGCCCAUUGUCGAGGAUGAGGAGGAUUAG